GUGGGUUUUGAUUCUAUGGCUGCGGUUUCUGAGAUUUCCGGUGAGGCAGCCUCUGCCAAAAACUCCAACUUGGAUUCAAUGUCAAAACCCAUUUCUGAAUCCAAAUCAGAAUUCGAUGUGCAGAAGCUGGUGGAUAUGUUCACCAAGCUCAACCCUUUAGCCAAAGAGUUCUUCCCUUCAUCUUAUUCUCCCCAGCACCAUUCCAAUUUUGAAAACUCUGUCAAUAACAAUAAGCUCUCACCCAAUGAUAAUCAGGCCAACAUUCGAAGGAGAAGAAAUAACUUUAAUCAGGGGAAGCGAAGACUUAGUGGGAGAGCUUUCAGAGCUGAGCGGGAAAGUAAUAUUAGGCGAACAGUAUAUGUUUCUGAUAUUGAUCAGCAAGUUACCGAAGAGCGUCUUGCUGCCAUAUUUAGUAGUUGCGGACAAGUUGUUGACUGCCGGAUUUGUGGUGAUCCGCAUUCAGUACUCCGUUUUGCAUUUGUGGAGUUUGCUGAUGAGCAUGGUGCAAGAGCCGCUUUGAGCCUUGGUGGGACUAUGCUUGGGUACUAUCCUGUCAGGGUCUUACCCUCAAAAACUGCCAUCCUUCCUGUGAAUCCUACAUUCCUCCCCAGGUCGGAAGAUGAGCGGGAAAUGUGUAGCAGGACUGUGUAUUGUACAAAUAUUGAUAAGAAGGUUGCUCAAGCUGAAGUCAAGAAUUUCUUUGAAACAGCUUGUGGUGAGGUUACUCGUUUGAGGCUUUUGGGGGAUCAUGUGCAUUCAACUCGUAUAGCUUUUGUUGAAUUUGCAAUGGCGGAAAGUGCUAUACUUGCGCUCAAUUGUAGCGGAAUGGUGUUGGGAGCACAACCCAUCAGGGUAAGUCCUUCAAAGACUCCUGUGAGACCACGCGUUACUCGUCCAUUGCAUUAACCAAUACCACAAGAAAAGAUCCGUGGAUGGAGCUUGGAGGGCUUUACAAGUCUGAGGAACUUUGUUGUUUUGUCGUCUAUUCCUUUCAGUAUUUCCAUCUUUUCCGUUGCAGUUUACCCUGCUUCAGUUGAAGUUUUAAAAGAUGGUUUGGAUCUUGGCAAUCGUACAUUUAACCUCGUUGUUGUUUUUAAAGUUCUAGUUCAGUUCAGUUCUGUUAUGACUCUGAGUAUGUCCUUUCUCACACUGCACGCACUCGAAAGCUUAAAUACCGAUUUGUAUUUACUGAAUAAAUGUUGCAAUGCUCCAGUUACCAA